UUCUAUUUAUAGAUAUUGCUUAUUCCCUAUAUAAAUGAAAUGGUGUAAACACAACUUUUCAUCAAAAUUCAUUCUACGAUCUGACAAUGGCGAGCAGCGGAGACAGCGAAACAGCUUCUAAUAACCAACCAUCACCAGAAACGAUGGACAGAAUCCUAGCUACUAUAUAUGGACAAUGUAUUGGGGAUGCAAUUGGACUCCUCACUGAAUUCUUAUCGAAGAGAGAAGCAAAGCUGUAUUAUGGGAAAGUAGCCAAAGAAUUGGAAUACUUACAUAAACAAAUCGUUUGUGAUGGACACAGGUCAAGGUGGAAAGAAGGCGACUGGACAGAUGACAGUGACCAAAUGAUACUAAUCAUGAGGUCUUUAGUCGACUGUGGUGGAAAGGUAGAUCCUGUUGACUUUGCUAAAAAAUUGAGAACCUGGAUACGGAGUGGUUUUAGUGAGUUGGGUGAUUUUGCUGGAUUGGGUUUAGGUGCUACAACAGACAAAGUAACGUCACAUCCAAAUUACUUGAAGGACCCACACGAGGUAGCUCGGUAUGUGUGGGAUGAAAAUAACAGAAAUAUUGCUCCUAAUGGUGCUGUAAUGAGGACCUCCAUUGUUGGUAUUCAUAUGUACUGGAGUUUAGAUGAUGUAACAAAAAAUGCAAGGGACUUUGCAAAAACAACACAUCACGAUCCAAGAUGUCAGGCUUCAACAGUCGCUGUGUCUGUUGCCAUAGCGACCAUGCUUCAAGGAAAGCACAAGGACAAAAAAGGCAAAUUCAAAGUGAAAGAAAUAAUACAAGAUGCUUACACAUAUGCAUCAACGUGUUUAGAAACGGAUAAAGAAAAGAAAGACCUUAUGUUUUAUUUGAAAUGUGAUAAUAUUAAAGAUUUGAAAUUAGAUGAAGCCGAUAAAAUUGGCUACACAUACAAAUCCAUGGGUACAGGAUUCUGGGCAUUAAAGCAAGAUGAUUUCCGGAAGACAAUCACCAAAAUUAUGAUGCAGGGAGGAGAUGCCGAUUCAAAUGCCUGUGUUGGGGGUGCUUUACUUGGAUGCAAACUUGGUAUGUCUGCCUUUCCAGAGCCAUGGUUGUCGAAACUUUUGCACAAGGACUGGUUGGAUAAUGAGAUUAAAAAAUAUUUUGAAAUGAUGAAAUGGGAAAGGAAUGAAAAAUCAGAAGAAAAAUGAAAAAUAAUCUACAAGAGAAAAGAAGAUAAAUUGUGUGGAUAUGAUGCCAAUCUAGUAUUUUCAAAAUAGGACAGAGAGAAGCACUGGCCAACAAUUUACAAGUUGAAAAAUGUCAUUAUUCUCGAGAUAACUACACUCAUUGCUUUUAUAAACUACUUUUUUCAUUGCUACUGUAACUCAGUCUCACCAUCUAAUGACUAUGAUGAUUAUAGAUGUUAUACCUUAUGAACAUGAGUAUAAAAUACAAAUAGAUUAUUGAUUUUAUACCAUAUGAACACGAGUGAAAUAUGAAAAUUGAUUAUUGAUUCUAUACUGUAAGAACAUCAAUGAAAUAUAAAAAAAAUAUAUGAUUGACUUUAUACUGUACGAAAACGAGUGAAAUAUAAAAAUCGAUUAUUGAUUUUAUACUGUAAGAACAUCAAUGAAAUAUUAAAAUAUAUGAUUGAUUUUAUACUGUAUAAACACGAGUGAAAUAUAAAAAUAGAUUAUUGAUUUUAUACUGUAAGAACAUCAAUGAAAUAUAAAAAAAUAUAUGAUUGACUUUAUACUGUACGAAAACCAGUGAAAUAUAAAAAUAGAUUAUUAAAUUUAUACUGUAAGAACAUCAAUGAAAUAUUAAAAUAUAUGAUUGAUUUUA